AUGAUCCUAGCAUCAGUGAUAUAUGAUCGUUAUGCCUCAGUCUGUAGGCCCUUGCACGUCAUCAUAAGCGACAGGUUCUGCAUUCUGCUGGCAACUUUUUCAGCGUGGACUGGCUCAAAUCCAAGGUACACCCUGAAUAAGGAUGUUGUGAUUUCUGUCACCUACACAGUAAUAACUCCCCUGCUGAAGCCAUUGUAGUACAGUCUGUGGAACAAAAAUGUGGAAGAUGCUCUUAGAAAAAGCUUUCUUGUGAAAAACAAAUCUUUGGGGUCCAUGAAAUUUAUCAUGCAGUGA